AUGGCGGAAGAAGCAGUUCUGGGUUACCUCGAAAACAACGAGGAGAUAAGAGAUUCCGGGGAAUUUGCAUCCGAACGCGGCAUUGACCACAAUGAAAUAGUUAACAUCAUCAAGAGUCUCCAUGGUUUCAGAUACGUUGAUGCUGAGGAUAUUAAGAGGGAGACAUGGGUUUUAACCGAUGAAGGGAACAGUUACACUACUCUUGGAUCCCCUGAAGCUCAGCUAAUUUCGGCUAUUCCGCCGGAAGGUAUCUCCAGAGAAGAACUUCAGAAAAAGCUGGGUCCUUCAGUUUUCAAGAUCGGUUGUGCUCAGGCGGCUAAAAAUAAAUGGGUUGAGAUGGGGAAACAGCUUAUAUCUAAGAAGGUACAACAUGUGGAAGACAAAGUUAAAGACUUGCUUCUUCAAAUACAACAAGGACAGGGCAUUGGUCCAGAUGAUAUCAAAGCACUCAAAGCAAGAAAGCUUAUUGUACCACAGACUUGGAAGGGUUACUCGGUUAAAAAGGGUCCUAACUAUGCUCCAAAAAGAAAAAAGGUUGUCACUGAUUUAACUCGAGAUAAUUUUCAGAGUGGCGAGUGGAAGGAAAUAGAAUUCAAAGAGUACAAUUACAGUGCUAAAGGUCAGCCUCUUGAAGGUGGCAGUCUUCAUCCACUGUUAAAGGUACGGUGUCAAAUAAAACAGAUCUUCCAUUGUAUGGGGUUUGAGGAGAUGCCCACAAAUAAUUAUGUUGAGAGCAGCUUCUGGAACUUUGAUUCCUUGUUCCAGCCCCAACAACAUCCCGCCCGUGAUUCACAUGACACCUUCUUUUUGGAAGCUCCUUCAACAACAAAGAAACUUCCUGAAGAUUAUGUUCAGAGGGUAAAGCAAGUUCAUGAAUUUGGUGGUUACGAGUCUAGAGGAUAUGCAUACGAUUGGAAAAGAGAGGAAGCAAAUAAAAACCUUCUGCGAACCCACACAACUGCUGUUUCUUCCAGGAUGCUUAACCAGCUGGCACAGAAACCAUUUGCUCCAAAAAAAUAUUUCUCUAUAGAUCGUGUUUUCCGAAAUGAAGCAGUGGACCGAACGCAUCUUGCGGAGUUCCACCAGAUAGAAGGCCUUGUAUGCGAUCGAGGACUCACUCUCUGUGACUUAAUAGGAGUUCUACAUGAUUUCUUCUCACGCUUAGGCAUGACCAAGCUGAAAUUCAAACCUGCUUACAAUCCUUACACAGAACCUAGCAUGGAGAUUUUCAGUUAUCAUGAAGGCUUUAAAAAAUGGGUAGAGGUAGGAAACUCUGGCAUGUUCAGACCUGAAAUGUUGCGGCCGAUGGGACUUCCUGAAGAUGUCCAAGUUAUUGCAUGGGGUCUUUCUCUUGAAAGGCCAACAAUGAUUAUGUAUGGAAUAGAUAACAUCAGGGAUCUCUUUGGACACAAGGUGGAUCUUAGCCUCAUUAAGAAAAAUUCAAUAUGUCGACUUGGAAUUGAAUGA